AUGGCCAAGAAGAUGCCCACCAAGGGCGCCAAAGCCAAAAAGGGCGCCGCCGCUCGCACGGCCUCGCGCGGCAAGGGCAACGCUCGCAACAACCCGCGAGCCUUCAAGGCGGCGUCGGGCCCAAAGGCCAUGCAGCGCUCGGCGCACCGCGCGCUCGAGAAGCAGGAGCGGCAGUACCACGUGGCGCUCACUGACCGAGCGGUCGAGGUGGCGGUGCAGCCUCCCAUCGUCGUCGCCGUCGUCGGUCCCGCCGGCGUCGGAAAGUCGACCGUGAUCCGCUCGCUCGUCAAGCACUGGACCAAGCAAAACCUCAAGGAGACGCACGGGCCGGUGACGGUGGUGACAGGCAAGUCCCGCCGCGUCACGCUCAUAGAGUGCCCAAACGACCUCAACGCGAUGUGCGAUCUCGCCAAGGCGACGGCCGCCGCCGCCGCCGCCGCCAUAGCCGCCGGCCGCCGGCCGCUGAGCUGUCGCCUCCGUGUCCACGGCUUCCCGCGCGUGAUGGGCGUGCUCACGCACCUCGACUCCUUCACCAACGCCGCGGCGCUGCGCCGCGCCAAAAAGACGCUCAAGCACCGGUUCUGGACGGACAUCUACGACGGCGCGAAGCUCUUCUACCUGUCGGGGCUCAAGCACGGCCGCUACCCAAAGGCCGAGAUCACCAACCUCGCCCGCUUCCUCGCGGUGAUCAAGCGCAACACCCACCCCUUCGUCCUCGCCGACCGGUUCGAGGACGUCACCGAGCCGGCCGCCCUUGCGAGGGACGAGCUCGUCGAGCGGACGGUGAGCAUGUACGGCUGGGUGCGAGGCACCUUCCUCCUCCCAGGCUCGCGACCUCCCGCCCUCGAGCUGUGCACAGCGUCUCCCCACGCCCCCACACCCCCCUCGGGCCGCGAUCUGACGUACGACCGCGACGCGGUGUACGUCAACAUCCCGGACAGCGCGAUCCGCUUCUCGCAGGGCAAGGGGGUGGCGGGCGAGGGCGAGGACGAGGGCGGCGAGGGCGAGGGCGGCGGCGACGGCGGCGGCGAGGAGGGCGGCGAGGUUGGCGGCGAGGACGUGGCGAUGGUCAAAGGGCUGCAGCGGGUUGGGGAGGCGGCCGGCCUCGACGAGCAGCUGCGAGGGGCGAGCCUGCAGCUCUUCGCGGGAGGGGCGGCGAUCGAGGGCGGCGGGGGCGGGGGCGAGGGCCAGGGCGGCGGUCGCGUGCGCAGGCCGGUCCAGUUCGGAGAUGACGCGGCCGGUCCGGCUGGGCUGCCGGCUGGGCUGGGCCGCGCACGGGCGCUCGCGUACGAGUCUGGCGCCGAGGGGUCGAUGUGGGAGGGUGGCGACGCUGGCGACGGCGAGGGGGGCCUGGCGGAGGAGGGCAGCGAAGACGACGACGACGACGACGACGACGACGACGAGGAGGAGGAGGGAGGGGAGGGCAGCGGCGAGGAGGGCGGCAGCGACAGCGGCGAGGAGGAGGGCGAGGAGGAGGAGGAGGAGGAGGGGGCGGAGUGGAAGCUUGGCCUCGCCGAGCGGGCGGCGGCGGCGCACGCGGCGCGGAGGACCGAUUGGGGCAAGCUCGUGUACGGAGGCGGCGGCGUCGGUUCGCUCGGCUCGCUCGGGCCGCUCAACCCGCUCUGGGAAGGGUUCGAGCACGACGCGGCCGCGCUCGACUGCUCGCGGCCGCCGCAGCGCCGCGCGCCGCGCCGCGACUGGACCGGGCCGGAGCAGCGCGAGAGCGUGAUUGACCGUUUCGUCACGGGCGACUGGGGCGCGAGAGCCGGCGGUGGCGCCGACGCCGACGGGGGAGGCAGCGAGUGCGGGUCGGACGAGGGCGGGUUUGAGGACCUCGAGACUGGCGAGGUGGCGGGCGAGGGGGGCGGCGACGGCGAGGACGACGACCCGGAGGCGGCGGAAGCGGCCGAGGCGGAGGCGCGCCGGCAGCGCAAGCUUCAGAAGAAGGUUCGAUUCGAUUCGGGGUACGACGACGGCGACGCAGAGGGCGGGGGUGAGGAGGGCGAGGAGGGCGAGGAGGGCGAGGAGGGCGAGGAGGAGGAGGAGGGCGGCGGCGGCGGCGGCGGCGGCCGUGGCCGCAGCGGCACGUCUGCGCUGCGGCCCGGGCAGGAGCUCUUCGAGGAGGAGGCGGGCAUGGUGGAGCUCUUCGAGGAGGACCCGUGGAUCGUCGAGCAGCGCAGGCAGCAGGCGGAGCAGCGGAGGAGGAACCGAGAGCUGACUGAGUCGCUCGCCUCGCUGCCUCCGGACGAGCGCGCGGCGGUGCAGGGCUACGCGCCGGGCUCGUACGUGCCGUGCGAGUUGCCGCGCAAUUUCGAGCCGCGCUUCCCGCUCGUCCUCGGGGGGCUGCUAUCGGGCGAGGAGCGGCUGGGCCUCGUCUCGAUGCGCGUCAAGAAGCACCGCUGGCAACGAGGAGUCGCUCCCACGCACAAGAAGGUGCUCAAGUCGCAGGACCCGCUCACCUUCUCCGUCGGCUGGCGCCGCUUCCAGAGCCUGCCGCUCUACUACGUGCCACCAAACACGGGCGUGCUCUGCUUCCAGACGGACGCACGCAAGAGCUUCCGCAUCUCCGCCACGGGCGUCGUGCUCGAGGUCGCGGCGAACCUCAAGGUGGUCAAGAAGCUGAAGCUGGUCGGCUCGCCGUUCAAGGUCUUCAAGAACACCGCCUUCAUCAAGGACAUGUUCACCUCCGCGCUCGAGGUUGCAAAGUUCGAGGGCGCCGCCCUCCGCACCGUCUCGGGCGUGCGCGGCCAGGUCAAGCGCGCGCUGCAGGCCGACGACGGCACGUUCCGCGCAACCUUCGAGGACAAGCUGCUCCGCUCCGACCUCGUGCUGCUCAAGGCUUGGGUGCCCGUCCCGCUGCCGACGCUGUACAACCCCGUCUCCAACCUGCUCGCGCCGCACGGGCGCGGCUGGCUGCGCAUGCGCACGGGCGCCGAGGCGCAGCGCCGAGCUGAGAGACGAGUGCGCGCCGAGCUGGGCGCCGCGCCGCGCGUCAACGCGGACUCGCUGUACAAGCCCAUCGAGCGCGCGCCGCGCCGCUUCAACAAGCUGGCCGUGCCAAAGGCGCUGCAGGCCGCGCUGCCGUACAAGUCCAAGCCGAAGCUCGACGCUCCCUCCGCCGCGAAGAAGCCGCGCAAGGGGUCGCUCAAGGCGCUGCGCGCCGUCGUGGCGGAGCCGGAGGAGCGCGCGGCGGCCAAGCUGAUGCAGCAGGUGCGCCGCGCCGCGCACGCCAAGAAGGCGGCGCGCGAGGAGGGCGAGAAGGCGGCGGCCACCAAGCAGGUGCGCAAGAAGCGGUACGUGAAGCAGGGCCUCGAGGAGAAGAAGCGCUCGCGCGGCGGGGCGGGCGGAGAUGCGGACGAUUGA